AUAGAUAGGACGUGAGUGGAGGUCGGCACAAGGGAAAGCGUUAGCGGCAAUCAUCCGAAUACCGGCGAGGGGUCACUAAGUAACGGUCAAGAUCCCAACUGAGACGAACAUAACACUCAAGUACCCCUGGGACACAAGCACGGUGGAUAGUAGCGCGAUGACGAUCGGCGAGUCGGCGGCGAGGGAUUUGAGAAGGAGGAGGACGAAAGAAAAUAGGAUGCCAAACUUUGAGGCACGGAUUCAAUCCAAUCGAUUUCUCCGAGGCAUCCCGUGGUCGGGGAGCCAAUCAGUGGAGACGCAUAUAAAGAAACUCAGUGGUGACGUCUUGCUCUUCUCUUGUUUUCCGGUUUUUGGCUUUUCUGCUGCUUCACUGCUGUAUGGCAUACAGAUAGUAAGUUCGUAGAUUAGUUGACUCCUCAGACCGUCGUAAUCAUUAGUCACUGGAA